AUGGUGGGUGCUACUCGAGGCCGCACACGUAAGGAGGCUGUAAAGCGACCAGUCUCACCUAGCGACGAUGGUACCAUUGCGGACGCACCGCUCGAAGGUACCGCUAUUGUCGACGCUCAAAGCAAUCCGCACAUGCCUUCGUCAGCCACUCACCCCGCGCGUGACGACGUAUCGCGUCUGAGUGAGGGUCUCGAGCCGCUUCACCUAGUUGGGCAAGAUGACUCAACACAUCCAAUCAACACACCUGCUUCUAGAGAAAUCGAUCCACUUACUAUCCAUGUGAAGGAGGCCAUUGCGACAAUUGGCCGACUAGAGGCCUUAGGCUUGCAACGCUACGACAUUCCCCUGCCCAAGUGCAUCGUGCUAGGCGAACAAUCUACAGGAAAGUCUUCAGUGAUUGAAGCCAUCUCUGGUAUCAAGACUCCGAGAGCCGAUGACACAUGCACCCGAUGCCCUCUUCUCAUCAAGUUGGAGUCCUCCGAUGAUCCGCGCGCGGGCUGGAGCGCGACCGUAACACUUCGACGCAAUUUUGGUUACGAUGGCAAGCCUGCAGGUCCAAGCCACGAACGUCGCUUUCCCGGUUGGAUACAGUUACCACUGCCUAACGACGCUUUCUUCGCUGAUACCGACAAUCCUGAGAACCUGGAGCACAUCAUUCGCCGCGCACAACUGGCCACUAUUAGUCCCCGCGUUGACUACCAUGAAUUCUUGCUUCCGAGUCUUGCCGCACUUGGAGAACAUCACAAAUGCAAGUUCAGUCCGAACAUUGUAUGCAUCUCCAUCACUCAGCCGGGUUCACCGUCUUUAAGUUUCUACGAUCUUCCUGGUCUCAUCAACCAAGCCGACAUUGAAGAAGAAGCGUAUCUUAUCCAGUUUGUUCGUGACGUAGUUGUGGACUACGUCAAAGACGCCGAGUCUCUCAUACUAGUCACCUGCUCGCUAGCGACUGAUAUCGCCAAUUCAACCGCUGCUGGCAUCGCGCGUAGUUUGAAGGCUACUGACAGAUGCAUUGGCGUACUCACCAAACCCGACUGCCUGCCGAAGGGAUCACGUCACGACAAACUAAUGGAAGUCUUCGAUCAGAAACGGUUCGCGCUAGGGCACGGUUACUUCGUUGUGAAGAACCCAGCACAGGAUGAACUUAACAAAGGCCUUACACAUCAAGAGGCUCGGUUGCAAGAGCACCACUUCUUCAGCGGAGAAGACCCGUGGUCUACAACCUUCAAAGAUUAUGCACACCGAUUCGGAACUCUCAAUCUCCAGAGUUUCCUUUCGGGGAAGCUUGCCGACCAGAUAACGAAGAAGCUCCCAGUCAUCGAGCAUGAGAUCGAUACUCGGCUUGCUGAAGUAGAGGCUCGUCUGCAACAGUUCCCUGAACCUCCCAACCACAACGCGUCGCGUAUCAUCUCUGACAUCGUGCUCGACUUCUCACAGGGGGUUCGUAAAGAGCUCGAAGCCGAAUUCCCAUGCAAGGAAUGGCGUAACAAGUGGAGGCUUCUGCAAAACGCUUUCUUCGAUGCGCUAGUCAGUAUGAAGCCCACAAUGGCGACGGGUGGACGUCGAGACGCAAGCGUUUAUGCAGACGUACUAGACUCUCAGCCAGGAAGUUCUGCGAAUAAAGCUAUUUCGCUAGACGACGACGAUGACGGAGAGCACAGCGACGAUAGUGAGUCUGCAGCGCGCAACAACCCCGAGACACCUACCAAGAAGCGCAAGAUCGACGGCAUGCCGGGGCUCUCUCCAGUCAAGACACCGAAGCGAGGUCUGCCCAAACCGCUGGAAGAACAACCAAUGAUUACAGACUUCCGUGGCUUGAAGAAGAAGUUCGUUCUCGACGAAGUCACUGAUUACUUGUCCGAACACUCCCAGUCGAAGGUACCAGGCCAGAUCGAGCCACGAGUAGUCGAUAACCUCAUGCUCAGCACGCUUGAACACUGGGAGCAGCCGCUUGCGAAAUUCUUCGAUGCUUUCGAAAAGCAGAUUAAGGAUCAAAUGAAAGCCCUGUUCACCCAACACUUCAAGAAAUGGCAGGGCUCAACUUUCCAUCAGACCGCAUGGAAGAUCGUUGAAGAGAUGCUAGCAACCAACUUCGACCAGCAGCGCACUACCAUGGCUAACGAGAGCCUCAAUGACGAGAAGGAAGGACCAUACAUCUUCCAUAACGACAUCUUCGAAUGUGAGAAGGAGGCCGUCUUGGAGAACUACCACCAGGCUCGCUUCAAAUAUCGCUUCACAAAGUACAAGAACAGCAGAGCGCAGCGCACAGGCAAGCCAAUGAGUCCUGCUGAAGAAGAGAGGUUGAAGAAAGAUGUCAGGGCUAUGGAGGUAUUCAACCAUGAGCCUUAUCUCGUCGAGCGAGGCGUUGUCGCUCAGGUCACUACCUACUACAUGCUCGCCGUGCGCCGCUUUCACGAUGCGGUAUGUAUGCGAAUAGAGUCCAAGUUCUACAAGCAGCUCCGCACUCAACUCCGCGACGAGCUUGAGAAUGGUCUUGGUCUGAACGAGGGUCAUGAAGGUUACGAAAACGCCAAGCGCCUCCUCUCGGAAUCCUCUUAUCGCUUCAACCAACGUAUGGAGCUUGUUGGACAACGCGACUCUCUUCUUCAAGGCCAGAAGAUCCUCCGUGAUCUCCAGCAGAGGAGGUACGGUGGCGACAGCUCAUCCUCCACCUUGGACGUCGGUUCUCGGACUCGCCGCUCCAGUGCUUCCGGCGGCAUACCCACACCGGUUUCGGCAGAGAUGGAGGACGUGGAUAUGGCUGGCGUUCCGCGUCACUAG